AUGAAAUCAUUUCUUCUAGUCAUUAAUCUGGCGAUAGCUCUAGCUACCUUUGGCCACGAGCACGUUCAUAUAAGGAUUCACGUUCCUGAAUUGGUUCAGCAUCACGAAAAAAAAGUCAUCAAGUAUGAAGAACAUGGUGGAAACGGUGGUGGACAUGGUGGUGGUGGUGGUGGUGGUGGGGAUGAUCAUCACGUUGAAAUAACAAGUCCAGGAAUCGGUGAUCUUGGCGGUGGUCACGGAGGAGGAGGAGGAGGUGGUUUUGGUGGUGGCCAUGGUGAUUUAGGAGGUGGUGGAUUUGGAGGAGGUCACGGUGGUGGAUUUGGAGGAGGUCAUGGCGGUGGAUUUGGAGGAGGUCACGGCGGUGGAUUUGGAGGAGGUCACGGCGGUGGAUUUGGAGGAGGUCACGGUGGUGGAUUUGGAGGAGGAAGUGGUGGAGGAGCUUUUGGAGGUGGUCACGUGAUCGUUCAUCAUUCGUCAGGAGGAUUUGGGGGUGGUGGCCAUGGAGGGGGAGGAGGUGGAGGAGGUUUCGGAGGUGGUCAUGGAGGAGAUCUAAGUGGUGGUUAUGGAGGCGGACAUGGAGGUGGACAUGGAGGUGGACAUACAGUUAGUUUGAGCGGAGGAUUCGUCACACUUGGUGGCGGCGGCGGUGGAGGUGGUGGUGGUCACGGUGGCCAUGACCUUGGCGGUGGCUAUGGGGGUCACGGUGAUUUCGGAGGUGGCCAUGGAGAUAUUAUAGAAACCAUUCACAGUAGUAGUGGCGGUGGUGGCGGUGGUGGCGGUGGUUAUGGCGGAGGUGGCUACAGCGGCGGAGGUGGUUUCGGUGAUCAUGGAGGACAUAGUUUUGGAGGUGGCGCUAGCUUUAGUAGCCAUGGAGGAGGUUAUGGAGGUGGUGGUGGUGGUGGUGGUGGUGGACAUGAUAUAGGUGGAGAUGAUCAUUCCAUCGGCUCCAGUAGUUAUGGAAACAGUAUUUCUUCUGACUUUGGAAGCAGUGGACAUGGCGGAAGUAGUUUCAGUUCGGGAGGUGGUUAUGACUCUUACUCCACUGGACACUCGUCGUACAGUGGUGGAGGUGGAGGUGGAGGUGGAGGUGGAGGUGGAUACGACGGUGGACACGGUGGUGGACACGGUGGUUUCUCGGGUUAUCACAAAAGAAAAUAA